GGGGGCGCUGCGCCCCGCUCCCGGCUGAGGUGCGGUGCGGUCCCUGCGCCUCAGUGCGGCGGCGGCGAUGUCAGAGCCGGAGCACCUGGGGGGGAAGCGGGCCGAGUCAGCGCGGCUGCGGAGGGCCGAGCAGCUGCGGCGCUGGAAGGGCUCCCUGACCGAGCAGGAGCCCGUGGCGCCGGGGGGCGGCCGGGGCCGGCACCGCGGCGAUGGGGGGUCCCGCGUCCGCUUCGAGGAAGGCGCCGUGUUCCUGGCCGCCUGCUCCAGCGGGGACACCGAGGAGGUGAAGCGGCUGCUGGGCCGCGGCGCCCGCAUCAACACCACCAACGUGGACGGGCUGACAGCCCUGCACCAGGCCUGUAUAGAUGAGAACCUGGACAUGGUGAAGUUCCUUGUAGAAAAUGGAGCUGAUGUCAACCAGCAGGACAACGAGGGCUGGACCCCUCUUCAUGCCGUGGCAUCGUGUGGCUAUCUGAACAUAGCAGAAUUCUUAAUUAGUCAUGGAGCCAAUGUGGCAGCUGUGAACAGUGAAGGUGAGGUCCCAUCAGACAUCGCAGAGGAAGCAGCCAUGAAGGACCUGCUUCUGGAACAAGUAAAGAAACAAGGUGUAGACCUAGACCUGGCAAGAAAAGAAGAGGAGCAGCAGAUGCUGCAGGAUGCCCGACAGUGGCUGAACAGUGGGAGGAUUGAGGAUCCAAAGCAGCCUCGCACGGGUGCCACGGCUCUUCACGUCGCUGCAGCGAAGGGCUACUCUGAAGUCAUGAGGCUCUUGAUCCAGGCUGGGUUUAAUUUGAAUGUCCAGGACAGUGAUGGUUGGACGCCGCUCCAUGCUGCUGCGCACUGGGGAGUAAAGGAAGCUUGCUCCAUCCUGGCUGAGGCCCUGUGUGAUAUGGACAUCAGGAACAAGCUGGGCCAGACGCCGUUCGACGUGGCUGAUGAGGGACUGGUGGAGCAUUUAGAAAUGCUGCAGAAGAAACAGACUGUGUUGCGAAGUGAGAAGGAGACGAGGAAUAAGCUGAUUGAAGCUGACAUGAAUGGCAAGCCUCAAAGCACACUCUUCCCCAACAAGGAGAAGAUUCUGUAUGAGGAAGACACGCUGAAGUCCAUGGAGAUGGAGGAAGAGAACAAGGACUCUAGCAGUUCUAGUUCUGAAGAGGAGGAAGAAGCUGAAGAAGAUGAAGUUUCAGAAUCAGAUGCUGAAAAGGAAUCAGAAAGGAAGGAAGAGCCCUUUGCCAACCACUCCAGCCAUGAAACCAGGCCUAGCAUCACUGAGCAAAUACCACCACCUGAGCCCAACUCCUUCACUGCAUCUGCCAGAAGAUUCAGUUGGCUCAGCAAGGCCGAGGAGCAGAAGGACGAGUCGCCUUCGUCGUGGCGGCUGGGGCUGCGGAAGACGGGCAGUCACAACAUGCUGAGCGAAGUCACUGCUACUCGGGAGGCACAGAGAGAUAAAACUGCUUCUAUCUAUCGCUCCUCCUCAAGCCCUCGUAUCUCUGCACUGUUGGACAACAAGGAAAAGGAUAAAGACAACAAGAGCUAUUUUGCCACAAUAGCCCCCAGAAGACUAAGCAGUACAAGCGAUAUAGAAGAAAAAGAAAACAGGGAAUCAGCUGUUAACCUGGUGCGGAGCGGCUCCUACACCCAGCAGCCGUGGAGGGAUGAGUCAAAGGGAAAUGAAGCUCCUCAUUCUGGUGCACCUACUACCUACGUGUCUACCUACUUGAAAAGUGCUUCAUUUGGUAGAAGUAGUGACCUCAACAGUCCCUACAUUUCAGCCAGUCGCAAUACAUCUCUAGCUACCUCACCCACUACCACUGGUUCAUCUACCUCACUGGGCACCCCGUGGCAACCUGUCUCUUCCUGCCCCACAUCUCUCGGUGUGACCACUACUGCAUCAGCCCGCCAGUAUACCAGAGCCCCUUUCAGGCACCAAACUGAUUCUGCUGUAGAGAAACAUACAGAGGGCAUCUCUGCUAGCACCCCCCUAGGUGUAAUCACAAACCGCGCUGUACUGGGCUCUGCUAACAGCAUUGCGAAUGCCGGCGCUGCCUCACCUGCAGGGAAGGACUUCUCAGCUGAGGAAGCCAGGGAGCGCCGAAGGUCAUAUCUGACUCCGGUGCGGGAUGAGGAAGCAGAAUCCUUGAGGAAAGCACGAUCCAGGCAGGCCCGGCAGACCCGCAGGUCCACACAGGGUGUGACCCUGACGGACCUUCAGGAGGCUGAAAGAACCUUCAGCCGGUCCCGGGCAGAGCGGCAAGCGCAGGAGCAGCAGAGUGGGACAGCCGAGAGCACCGAGCCUGCUGAGGACAGCAGCGAGAGGCAGGAGACGCGCUCGUGGUGGAGCAGGAAUACGGAUGAGGAGACUGUCUACCGGCGAUUAAGGUGCCCAGUGCAACCAGACAAACCUACAACACCUCUGUCUCCUUCAACAUCAGCACCUCUCCUUUAUACAAGUUCAUACCUGACUCGAACAAAUAAGUAUCUAGGUCUUGACCCUGUGAACCCAGCAGACUUCAGAGGUGCAGCCACAGAGAUGGAGAAAAAUGAGUGUGAAGAUCAGGAUUUGGACGACAGAUCUCCGAACAAACAGUCGAUCCGGGAGAGGCGGCGGCCAAAGGAGAGGCGAAGAGGCACCGGCAUCAUCUUCUCAACAAAAGAUGAUGGUGAUGAAGUUGAUGGAAAUGAGGAAGUGAAGGAAACUCGGCAUGAAAGACUUUCCAGGUUGGAAGCAGCUACAAACCCAAGCAGCAGCGAGUCCUACAGCGACCGUGCCUCCAGCCGCUCCAGCGCCUAUAGCCGGAGGGAGAACCGGUUGGCUGCCCUCAGCAGCAGAGCAGAAGAGGAGAGUAACAGGGACUACAAAAGAUUAUAUGAAAGCGCCCUGUCCGAAAAUCAAAAGCUGAAGUCGAAACUGCAGGAAGCCCAGCUUGAGUUGGCCGACAUCAAAUCCAAGUUGGAGAAAGCAACCCAGCAGAAACAGGAGAAAACUUCGGAUCGGUCCAGCAUGCUGGAGAUGGAGAAAAGGGAGAAGCGAGCCCUGGAGCGGAAACUCUCGGAAAUGGAAGAGGAGAUGAAGAAUCUCCACCAGCUCAAACAGAUUCACACUCUGAGGCAGAUGAAUGAGCAACUGCUGGCUGAAAACAGGGCCCUGACCCGGGUCGUAGCCAGACUUUCUCUGCCUGCCAAGCCCUCCGAAUCAGAGGAGCUGUAGCUGCUUUCCCUCCGGCUCAUCUCGCCUCCCUCUUCCACUCUUCCAGGCAGGUCUCCACUCCUCUGGCCGGGCUGUUCCCCCUCUGCCUCAUUGCUCUCAAGGGUGGCUGAUGAAGCUUGUGGCUCCAAAGCAGCAUGUGGCAAAGGGUCCGAAAGCCAAAGGCCUGGGGUCGCUGGAGGCUCUGCUCAGUCUGACUUUCGCUCUGCUUGGCAGAUGAUGCUGACUGCACCAUUCCACUAACCCACCGCAUCUGGGGGUUGCUUUGGCCAUAUGGAGCCCAUCACCUGGGAGAGAAAUAGGAUGUGCUCCCUGCCUUGACACAAGGCUGUUGGGCUGGGUGGAUGGCGCUGGAAUGGCCACUAGAGAGUGAUGGAUCAGCUGCUGCCCUGGGGCUUAACGCUGGAAAAUGGCUUUGGGGUGGCUGGUCAGUGGGCAAACCAGCAGCCCCUUCCAUUGCCUGACCUUGGAAUGGGUAAAUUAUGCUGCCUGGCUGCUCAUGAUGCAGGUUUUUUGCAUUUGCCCUUAGUUCAGCAAGAAGAUGGCUUGCAGCAAGUAAAAUCAUCCAAAGUCAGGAUGAAUAAUGCAAUAACUUCUAGGGAUGCUAUGAGAAGCACACGGUUUUAGAUUGGUUUUAGACCUACAGCUGCUUUAGACCUCAGCAGGUUUUCUUGGUCCCUUGACAAAGAGAACGAGCUCCUUCUCUCAUUAUAAACAGAGGGGUUUGAGUGAGUUCACAGGCUGCAGCAUCCUCACUGCCUCCUGCGCUGUGGCUCUGAGGCAGUGAAGCACUGGGAGCUGCACCAGGUACACUUCCUUUUCCAUUUGCCUGCUUUAAAUGAAGUGCAGAGCAAUUAGUGUUUGAAAUCCAAGGAGAAGCCUUCCAUAAGCUUUGCCCUCACACAUCACCCACUUCAAUUACAUCUGUCCGUGCUACUUCAUUGGUUCAGUGCUAAAAUAAAGCUGUAAAUGGUUCUUUGUUAGGGCCGUACCUGCCUUUUGCAGGUUAGUGGGGAUAGUCAGCUCCCUUCAGACAGCAGCAGUGUGUUCUCAUGGGCUGGAAGUGGCACGAAGGUAGAGACAAAUCUAUUCUUAGCACACAAAUUAUAUCAGGGAUGAUUAAUGGUAGAAACAAACCAAGCAGGGGAAUUGUGGCUUCCCCUUCCCAGGAGUCCCAGUUCAAGACCAGGUUUGUGUCACGGGGGUGUUCGUGGCCUGAAUAGUGCAGAUGGUCAGAUGAAAUCAUCUCCCCAUCUUCCUGCUUUAAAUCUGUGACAGUGUUCCCAAAGCUGCCACUGACUCACCCCGCACCAGUGGUGAGUUCAGGUCAUUCCCCUUCCCAACGUGCUCUGAGAGCCGAGAGGGAAGAAUUGAGCAAAGCUCUUUCUGGACCCAGGAGAAGGAGCAUCUCAUGGGCUGUAAGCCAUGGAUCUCUCUUCUUCUCCUGGGAAAUGGCUACGUUACCACUUCCCCCUGCUAACACCUAUCUGCCUCAGGCCUGGGUGCACUCCCCAUUCCCAGCUUGGAAACUGUGCCCAGGUUUACAGUUCACUGGUGCUGGCUGAGCUGGAGAAGAGCCAUGUGUCUGCUGGCUUUCUGACACAGGGUGUUGGUGGUACCUGUAAACCUCAUCUCUCAGAGAGCUGGGCUUGUGCAGCCUGGCUGUGGGGAGCCCUUAGAGCAGCUCCCAGUGCCUAAAGGGACUACAGGAAACCUGGAGAGGGGCUUUGGACUGUUAGAGGAGGAAUUUGCUCCAGUGGGAGCUGGCGCCUGUGCUCAGUGGUGGUGACCAUGGAGAGGCUGCAGAUGUGAGGAGCAGGCAGAAGGUUAUGGUCAGAGCUUAGGGGAAAGGAGAAGGUUUAGUGGGGAUUUUGAAUUGGGAAUUCCUCCUUGGGUGAGAGGAGCCAUGGCUGAGCUCAGAGCACUGCUAUUCCUGACCCUGCUCUGCCCUGGCUUGUUCCAGCAGCUUGGGGCUGGUGGCACCCAUGGUGUGAGUUGCACACAGAAACAGGCAGCAUGGGGUCUCCUUCCAGUGCCACCCAUGGUCACCCACCUGCAGCAUGGGAAGCAGGAGGGGGUUUGCAAUGAGAAGUGCUGCAAAGGGCUCGUCAAAGCCAUUCUUGUGUUUCCAGUUCAGAGCACUUUGGUUUUGUCUGUGUUGUGACCCUUGGUUGAGCUCCACCUUUUACAACUGGGGGAUCUCCACUGUCAGUGUGUUCUACCAGUCCUCUGGCCAUGGCAUGCAUGUUUGCAUUGAACAUCAGUGGGAUCCCAAAGAGAUUGGGGUUUCUUCAAGGAAAUUUGGGGUUUAUUAGGAGGAGGGGUGAUGAUUUUAGACUAAAAGUGGGGUGAUUGAGGCUGGAUGUGAAGAAGUUGUUCUUUACAAUGCAGGUGCUAAAACACUGGCCCAGGUUGCCCUAGAGACAUUCAAGGGCAGGCUGGAUGUGGUUCUGAGCAGCCUGAUCAAAUUGAAGAUGUCCCUGAUGGGCUUUGAAGGUCCCAACCCAAACUAUGUGAUGAUUCUACAGACAUGUUGCAGGGUCCAGUCCUGUGUGGGGAUUUCAGGCCUUUGUUUUGGACAAGCCGGGUGAGGAGAUCCAGCUUCCUAGUUUCUGCUAAUCUGGGAAGAGGUUUGGGAUGAAACAACUCAGACAUGGCUCCUGUCCUCGCAGACUGGUCUGCUCUAAAUGCUGGGGCAUCGUGUCCCAUCACGCUCCAGGGCUCCCUGGCUCUCUGCUGUGCUCCAGUCUAAAUCCUUUGCUUGUGGAAAUCCUGGAGACCCUAUGGAGAAAUGACCAAGCUCAGCACCGGGUGCUGGGUGGAGGGGAUGUGACAUCCCCUCAGCUCAGCCCCGGGGUCCUUCCAGUUCUGCUGUGCUCUAAUCCCACUUUGUCUCUCUGCAGAUUUUGACAGAGCUGAAGUCAGACAACCAAAGGCUGAAGGACGAGAACGGAGCCCUCAUUCGUGUCAUCAGCAAGCUCUCCAAAUAGGAAUCCUGAGCACAGGCAGGAUGAAGAGGGGAGCCCUCACGAGCUGCCAACCCCACCACCGAGCCCUACCCCCCUUUCCUCCUGUCACGUACAGCAUUUCAGCCUGGGAUCAACCAGUCACCCCUGCCAUGCCCUGCCCUGUGCUGUACAUCCCUUUCCUGCCCCGAUUCCCAUCACAGCACCCCUCUGCCAUUUAAUUUAAGCAUGUUGUGGUGUCUCAGACAUUUUAUUCAAGGGAGAAGAGAAACGUGAGGAUUGGGUUUGAGCUGCUGAAACUUCUUCUUCCAAAGCCCAGUGUUAGGUGUUGGCAGCUCCUGCUUUACAAAAGUGAUGCCUAAAGAACUGGUCCAGCACAUCCAAGCCCUUUACAGGUGGGAAAUGUGACCAUGGGCUGGGACUCUGAGGAUGCGCAUCAGCCCACCCGAGAUGUGAGCCUCUGGUUGGAAUGUGAUGCUGUGAAAGCCACCAGAGCUGAUUUCUGACACAGGCUGACCACAGCUGCUUUGCACAGAGACUUCCUUCUCCUUUCACCCCAGGAGACUGAGUAUUUUAUUUAAUACAAGGUUUGGAACCUGUUCAGUGACAUCAGCGCUGGCUCUCGGCAUCCUUCACCCUGCCCUUGGUGUCACCUUUAUCCUUCCAGGGCUCUUGUCUCAGUAGCAUCUGCUGAUCACAUCCAGACUCUUGCUCCUCAGAACAGGAUGUAUCAGAUACUUGCCGAGCUUUCUGAAGGACAAGCUUGAGUCCCCAGAGAUCCUCUGCUGCUUUCACAUACAUAGAUGAGCGUGAAUCACCUUGCAGGGAGCUGUGCCCACACCAGACACCGGGCUCCCCAUCCUCACAGCUGUCUGGGACAUUGUCCUGCUGUCUUCAUGAAGGCACUGGUUGUAAAGAGAGGGGAUGCCGGAGUCCCGUUAUCUCUUGGUGAAGAAGCUUGAUGUAGAUGCUUUCAAGGCAGAGGAGGUGAAGCAAUGCUCACUUGUCCUCCCCCAUGGAAAGCUGUGGGUGCAUUGGUGUCAGAGGGACAAAGAGCUAUCCUUGGGCAUGCUGGUAACUAUCGCUAGGAUAGAAGUCUUUGAGUCUGUCAAAAGCUUUCAAUAAGCCUUGACCUUGAAGGAAACCUCAAAGAAACCCACCCUCUUUCAUGUUAUACGUACUCAGAACAAUUUGGAAUUGUUCUCUCUAUGGGCAUUUAGACAGUGGCUCCUCUAUGUGCUGUGUGAUUCUGAUGGUGGCAGCAGUAACCUGCCAUCAGAUCUGCUGAGCUUCCCCUUCACAGACUCCUCUCUUCCCUCUCAGAGCCUUCUCCCUGUAUCCAAACCAUUUUCCUUCUGUAUUUGUCCUGCCAUUUCCUUAACCCCUUGGCAUCCCCGCUCUGGCUGGCUGGGAUUUGCAGUCUCAGUCAUUGAACUUGGAGGUUACCAUGAAGUUCUACCCACAUCCUGGGCACCUCUGCUGUUGGCUCACUGCUCCCAUUGGGCUGGUGGGACUUUUCCACUAUGAGAGAGAUAGAUGAGAUACUUGAACACAUGCAUCAUUCUUGAGCUUGCUCUGCAGGGGAACAUUUAUCUCUGUCAGAUAAAGAGGACUUUAAAUGGGCUCUUUGGAACCUUUGGCUGGUUACUGCUUCAGGAAGCGUGUUCUUUUCCUCUCCCUUGGGGUGUUUUCUUCAUGUUUGUUUUAUCCUCCCUAAUUCUCUCCUUUUCCCCCUCCCCAUCCUGCCUCUUUCCACCUCUCUUGCUCCUGUUGGAGCUGCCGGUGUUGCCAGGGCAGCUCUGGCCAGAGCCUCCUCUCUGGCCACUCUUCAGCCAGGGGAGCUCUUUGAGCAUGAGGUGCUGUUCUUCCUGGUACACGGAGGCCCUUCCUCUGCUGCUGUGCUUCGGGGAGGAGGAGACCAAAGCUGGUGAUGGCAUCAGGGUUUCUGCAGAGCACUGCCUAAGCCAGGCAUCCUUUUUAUAUGACUUUCUUUUAACCCUGCUUAUUUAACAGCUUUAAGUCUCGAGGUCCGGGCAAUGCUUUCUCUGCACGCCGGCCCCACCUGGGGCUCUCUCUGUGUGAGUACUUCUGCGUUUCUUGAUGUUCCUUCUCUUGGUGACCCACUCCUCGCUUCAGACCUGGCCUCUAAAGAGGAGCCUGGUCCCUCCUGUGCCGUGUGCCCCGGCUCCUGCAUCCCACCAGGAUGAGGUUUCACACUGGAGAUCCUGGCAGUGUGAAGGAGCCUCAUGCCCGCUUCAGUGGGGAAGGUUCAACCCAACCUGACAGCCCCAUCCUGCACUGAUGGUUUGCCCCUUCCCACCCGGACGCCCGUUGUGUUUCAUCCUAAGGAACAGUGUGCAGAGGGGUGGGGAAGGCUCAAAUCCUCUGUGUGGCACCUUGCAAAGCCAAACCACUUUAGAUGAAGUCUGCUUAGCACUGGAUUAUCCCCUGAGCUCCUGAGUGGGGCAGAGGAGCCCUGCCGGGUCAGCCGAAGCUGUGAGCUGAGGACAAUGCGAUUGCAAACCCAGUCCUUGCGAAUGGAUUCCUUUGGUCUCUCUGGAGCCAGAACCAGUGCACUGAGGAGGUGAUGAGGAGGAGGACGCUUUGCCCUUGGACCCGGCGCAAGGCAAGCAGCUUUUAAAACGGAUCCCUAUGGAACCAGAGCGUUUCCCAGACGUGCUCUCCAUUGGAGAAGAAGCUUUUCCUCUAAGCAGUCGCUUGGGGUGGUUCAGUUGUCACGGCUGGGGGGGAAGCUGUUGUGGCUGCGACUUUGACGAUGGCUCUCUGUAAAUAAGCUCCUUGGAGAAGCAGGACUGGCUCACGAGAUGGGGAGAGAAUGUAUUUUUAUGCAACUUUUGAGUGGCCUUUCAAACCCUGAGAUGAAUGGUUUGUUUUACCGGUUGUUGUUAUAUAGUAUUCGAAGUAUUCUGUGUUUGAAAGUUUGGGAGUAAUAUUCACAUCUAUGAUGCUUGUAAACACAACAGUAUUUAUAAAUGAAUAAAAUGAGAGUUGAUAACAUA